AGGCGAAGCCCACACAGACCGACGGCAGCAUCUCAGCAAGCAUUCAAAGCCCGAGCUAAAUGUCUGAGCAGUGAAGAGCGCGCCGAACUGCUGCUGCCUGGGAGAAAUAUGGAUACAUGGCCGCCGAGCUAGGACUAGAGAUGUAGUUGCAAGAUGCCAGCCAGCUACAUCUCUCGUUUGCUCCUCUUCGUCUCGAUCUGCGCGGUUCGGGAGGCGCUCGCCAAAUCUCUUCCAGAUCAGGGAGCAUUUGAGGUGCAAAUAAAAGUCCAGGUGUUCGACAACGGUGACCUUUCACCGCUGGCGGGCGCUCAGGUGGAAGUCCACGGCAACCAAACCAUCUUGGCGUCCAGCAGGGCCGGCAGCGAUGGCGUCCUGAGAGUGAGCUUCCUGUACCACACAGGGACAUGGGUCAUCAUCACAGCCUCCAAACAAGGCCACAUCAACAACUCUGUGCCCUGGCACUCCAGCCGCAUCCCCCUUUAUGCAUCAGUCAGCCUGUACCUCCUGGUUCAGAGGCCAGGAACACUUAUUCUGUACGAUGACGUCCUGCAGGUGCUGUCUGGGUCACCAGGAGGUCGUAACCAGCCGCUGGUGCAGCUUCAGAGGAAGUCCCUUCAGCUGCCCCCCGACUACAACUACACAGCGCUGUCUGCCACGCUGACCACAGCCAGGACUCAGUAUGAAAUCGGUGGUUUUCCGUUUCUCCUGGGCCAAGAGACCAACAGUUCAGGUGCAGAAACAGGAUGGACAGACUUGACAGCUUUGGCCUUGGUCAGCGUUAAGCUCUUUGACAAAGAUGGCCGUGAGAUCCAGGUUUCAGAUCCGAUCCAUGUCUCUGUGCCGCUGCCGUCCGACACCCGCAACAGGAUGGCCACAAGCGUACCUGCUUGGCUGUAUCAGCCUAAGACGGGACUGUGGGUCAGGAACGGGACAGGUUACAUCAAAAAGGAAGGUGCACAGUUUGUGUGGAACGUUGUGGUUCCUCAGAUGGGAUACUGGUUAGCUGCCUUCCCUUCAUCUUCAGGAAUGGGUCUGUCUCAUCCAGGUUUGAGGGACAUCACCACCUAUCACACCCUGUUCCUGCUCUCCAUCCUGGGCUCGCUGGCCCUGCUGGUACUCAUCCUGCUCUGUGUGCUGCUCUACUACUGCAGGCGGAAGUGUUUAAAACCUCGUCGUCAGCAAGGGAAACCCCACACGUCCAAUCUAAAUGGUGCAAAGAGAGACCAGGGAACAUCCACUUCACGACUAAAUCUGAUCUGUGGAGGCCAUGUUGAGUCUGGCCCCUCUAAUGACAAAUCUGAAAUGUCCCCAUCUCGAGACUACCAGAGUUCAAGAGAGGACUUAACCAAGCAUGUUCCAGCUCACAUGCUGCGACACGCAAAAGGAAAAAAUGCUUCAGGUCCCCAACGGGGUGAAAGCUUCCCCAUGAAGGUUACACGUGCCACAGAGACCAACAACCUGGACAACCCUUUGCUGCAUGAAGACUACAACCGGAGCUACAGUCCCAUGGAGGGCAAGGAGUCUGAAUAUCACCGACACCACAACGCCAACGACAAUCGAGGAUACUCCUCUGAUCCCCCAUCCCCGCCUCGAUUCCAAGGGUACGUGCCAAACCAGACUGACAAACCCCCCGAAUAUUCAGCAGCAGCUGCAGACAGCCUUGCCAGGCCAACCUCCCUCAACACUCAACCAGGUCAGAUCAUCUUCUGCAGCUCCAUCGACCAGAUGAAGGAGAACAUGUACCGGAGCAUGGUGCCAACCCUUGUCAUCCCAGCACACUACAUGCGCCUGCCCUCCGAGUAUUCUAAAGAUGGCAAGGAACAGAAGGACCAAGAUAAAGAUGGUGCACAGAUGGGAGGUGGCCAGCAGCAUCAUCACCACCACUCCCAGAAACAAGGCCAAGGUGACGACUCUGAGGAUCAGAGCUGGGCGUCCGACUCCUCUGGUGGACCUGUGACCAUCCCGGUGCUCUUCAACGAUUCCACCAUGGCUCAGAUGAAUGGAGAACUGCAGGCUCUGACCGAGAAGAAGCUACUGGAGUUCGGUGUUAAACAGCACCCAAGAGCGUGGUUCAUCUCCCUGGAUGGACGUAAUAACGCUCAUGUGCGCCACUCCUACAUAGAUACUGGGAAUGACCUCAGUGGCGGCGGCGGUGGUGGAUUCUUAAGUGGCCCCAGCUGCUCUGGGCGAGACAGCAACCUUGAACCACCAUUGGAGGCCCAAGAACGCAAGUUAGCAAUUAACCGGAAGGGAAAAGACGAGCGCUGGGGGACGGGAGGACGGAAGGGCCAUGGUGUUAGCAGCAGUGGUGGGAAGUGUUACUCCAAGCUGGCGUAUCCCGAACACAGCGAGCCAAGCAGCAGCGAGGGACGCCCGGUCUCACCUGAGGAGAACUCCCUCACCCCUCUUCUCGAUGAAGGUCCAGCCUCCCGAGGAUCCACCAUCCCCAGAAGAGGACGCAGUCGAGUGAACAGCAGCCGCAGCAGCAACAGCGAGAACCGCUGCGACUCCAUGACCAGCCCUGAGGAUGAUCCCGAUGACAAAGACGAAAACAAGAAGAGCCCCUGGCAGAAGAUUGAAGACAGGCCUCUCAUGGUCUUCCACCCCAGGAAGUGAGCUGUUUGAACUUACUGAACACUUAACAAUCUUUUCAAAAGGAGAAUCUUUUCACAACAAACGGAAGAAGAUGUUGUCGCAGAAAGAGAGAUCACAAUAAGCACAACCAUGCUCCACUGGUCCAUUUUAAGGUUGUUGUUUGACCUUUGUAUUUCUGGUGAGGUGCUUUUGCACUUUCGUAGUCUCACUGUCAGUUAAUCUCACUGGUUUCCACUGAGAUGAUCUAUUGUAUACUGAAACUUAUCCAGUUUAUUGUGAAUUCGGUCACCUAUCACAUUACUGAACCAUUGUCUGAGCCAUUGCAUAUACUGACUUGGAAAUAGCCAUUUUAUAGAGCAAAAUAUAAAAAUUAAGCACUUACUAAUAAUUUGAUAGUUGGCAAGUAUUUGGAAGUGGAUGACAUUUUGUAUUGGAUUGAUGGGUGAAUUAGAUUUCCUUCCCUGGACUUAAACUACACAAAGGCUCAUAUAGAUGGUAGAAGAUGUGCGCCUGUAUUUAGUUGACUACUCCUCUGCCCUAAACUGUAACUAAAAUCAAUUUUCUUUAGAGGAAACAGCUUGAAUAUGUAGGGAACCUAUCAGUUGUACCUUUUUCUUGAGACCCUGUGAACGGAUAAUGCAAUCUCUAAAGUCCAACAUGCGACUUGCAUUUUGCUCCUUCAGGGAUGUACUUGAUUUCCUCUUCCUCCUGUGUUGUGUUUAUGUGAUCAAAUGACUUAUUCAGAUAGUAAUGAUUUAAAAUGUUGAGCAUCAUCUUUGAGUCUUCAUGUACCCUCUCUGUCAUUGAUUUAUUGCCAAAAUUUGGACUUUCUGCCUUUCUCCUGUUUGAUCAACAGAGACUUCUUUCUUUUCUUUCUCUGUUGUGUAAAUAGAUUCCCAGACAUUUGAAAGAGCAUUUGGCUUAGAAAGGUUGCAUGCAUAUGAAUGUAUGAAAUAAACAGAAGGCACCAAAAGCCCCCCACAGUUCCUCGGGCUCCUGCCUAGACAACCCCUAAUCACCAAGAAACGUGUCUAAACAGCAUAAACACCACUUUACUUGAAGACUUACCUGUUUUCUCCUAAGAUCUACAGGGGUUGUUUUCAGACAGGACCUGUACCACUUCUCUCCUGUAAGUGCCUUCUUUCACGUAGGAUCGAGUGAUAGGCAUGCAGGUCCCUUUUUAAAAUGCAGUUAGUCGUCACCAGGCACUAAUAAGCACACUGCAUUGUGGUAACAACAACUCGCGUCACUCUGGGGAGCAUGUCUGCCAAAACUGACAACUUUUCUUGCGGCUACUACGUCCUUUAAUAUCUUAAUUUCUUGUAUCCUCUUUUUCACCAAACUUGUAAAUGGUAUGAUGAACUAUAUGAGAUUUUAUGUGUAUACGAUGUGCAUGUAAAAUGUAGAAUAGGGUGUUUUUAAUGAAACCUUUUUUUGGAAAUUGAUCAAGGAUAUUUGGCACAAAAAUGUGAUGCACUGACGCAUUGAAUCGUGUUGCCAAAAUGAACUCGGUUAUAUGAAGAUACACUGACUUUUCCCUUAAUCCAGUUCUAACAAAAUUCACUUCCGGUCGUAAAUGUUUACAACGACAACAUACUGACAACACGCUCCCGCUGAUACUAGCAUCACCACUGCCUAUGACGCAUCAACAACUGUGAACUUAAAUUUGUCAUCUUGUAGAUAAAAGCUCACCAGUUUAGAAAACAUGAAGAUGUUUUUUGUUUUGUUGCAGAGUUUGAUUAUGAAGUAAAGGCCGUAUAAAAGUCAUGCUGACUUGUUGGUCUUUUCACCAUCUGCUUGCUGUUCAUAAGCCUGUGUCAGUAGCCUACAGUACAAACAAAAAUGUGAUGUAAUUCAAAGUCUGAAGAAUAACCAUGAAGCCAUGAAUUGAUUCCUACUGAACUGUCGUGUCCACUGCUGUAAAUGUACGUUUUUUUGGGACCAACUAUGGAAUUAUUAUUAUGAGUUGUGCAAUUGUGGCUUUCCUUUCUUGUUUUUGUUUUACAUGAGGGAAUCAGCUUUCUUGGUAGAUUUUUGAGAACUUGUGUUUUGGACAGAGAUUUACACAAGAACUGAAUCCUUCAGAGGACACUUUAAAGCUGUUAUUAAACCAUCUUGUUGGAUUUUUGAUAGUACAAAUACACAUGAGGGUGAGGAGGAUUGAACUGUAGGCCUUCAUCCUGUGCAGUAAAUCAUUUGCUUCAUAAACCUGGUCAGUUGUUUGUAAACUGUAAAUUUGUUAUUUCUGUACAUGAGACAAAAUAAGAAUAAAUGUGUUCCCACGGUCA